UGGGGGAGGCGGGGAGAGUCUCCGGCUGCCGAGGAGCCCCCCUAGACGCCGCUGCCGUCAUUAGACAUUUCUUCCCUUUCUUCCCUCCCCCCUCAAGAAAAGGGGGGGGGAGAAGAGGGGAAAGGCGCCGAUUGGCCGAGCAAGCUGCAAGCGAGCAAAGACCCUCCUCUCCAGCCAGCCAGGCGGGCUGGGGCUGCUGCGCAUCGCUGGGGGACCGGCUGGGGAAGGGAUGCGGUGGGGCGCACGGCCUGGCCCCCGGCGGGGACAGCAUGACCCGGCGUGAUCGGCUCAUGAAGGGGAGACCCCAGAGGCAGCCCGAGGCCGGGGGAGGCUCCCGGGCGGGGUUCAUACUGGCCAGACCAACGCUUGUCCUAAUGCUGGAAAGGGGAGAACAGCCCUGCGUGAGCAACAGCAAGAAUGGAGUGGCCAGCAACCCUCUGAGCAGCAGUGUUGCGGAUUCGCAAGCCCUGAAGGAGAACGCCAAGUCGCCUUCGCCUGCCGCCCUGUCUUCGCCCCCCACCACGGAGUCCCCCAAGCCGGCCCGUCCCCGGCGCCCCCGGCCUCCCGCCGUCCUGCCCUCGGAGCGCCCCUACCAGUGCAAGGAUUGCGGGAAGCGCUUUGUCUACCGCUCCAAGCUGGCCACUCACCAAUGGACCCACUGCGCCGAGCGCCCCUACAAAUGCCCCGAUUGCCCCAAGAGCUUCAGCUACCCGUCCAAGCUGGCGGCCCACCGCCGCACGCACACCGGCGAGCGCCCGUACCCCUGCACUCUGUGCCCCAAGCGCUUUGGACACCGCUCCAAGCUGGCUGCCCACCAGUGGAUCCACACCCCGGAGCGCCCCUACAAAUGCGCCGACUGCCCCAAGAGCUUCUGCUACCCUUCCAAGUUGGCGGCCCACCGCCGCACCCACACGGGCCAGCGGCCUUACCCUUGCACCCGCUGCGGGAAGAGCUUCUGCUAUCCAUCCAAGCUCGCCGCCCACCAGCAGAUCCAUGCGGCGGCGGCAGCGGGACGCCCCUACCCGUGCCUGCACUGCAGCAAGAGCUUCCGGCAGCUCCGCAAUCUUACGCUUCACCAGCGGGUGCACGAGGACGGGGAGGUGGGGGAUGAGUUGUCCCAAAACAAGGGCCACAGCAAUGGGGAACGGUCCUAGAGCAGAGCUCUUGAUGUCCGGACAAUGUGGGGAUUGCGGGGAGGAAGUUCACGCGUUUGGAUGUUUGGUGGCUGUGGUGGGAUCAUUGUAAAUAACUGAACCUGAGGAGGGGGGGAUUUGGGGGUUACGUGAAGACGCUCUUCCAUGACCCCCCUAGCUUCUUGGCCCAUGGUGCUGUCUUGUCAAUACUCCCCGUUAACCCUGCAGUGCCAAGUAGAAGCCCCCUGUAGGCGGAGCUGUGUAUACCAAGCUGAAAAAAGGACCCACCAUUCUGCGCUGAAAAUCUGAGUUCCGCAUCACAAAAAGAAUAAUAAUCUGCAACCUGAAAAAAAAUCACAGAAACGUGCACGUCUGUGCAACUCGUUUUGCUUUCAUCCAUCUCCCUCUGGCUUCCCCUGAGGGGUCUCAUGGAGCUCUGGAGUUUGCUCCAUCACCUUGACUCUGUGCCCUGAUUCUGCCCAAGUCCAAAUGUUCAGUUCCCAUAAACAGCUUGCAAAGAUCGAUGGGAAAUGAAGGGCUUUGCACGAACCUUCCUCAGCAUCACCGAGUGACGGAUUUUGCAUUGCUCUGCAGAGAAUGGGAUGAAUCUCUGGCCACUAUCAGGGCUGUUUGUUUUCUGUGCUGCUGUGAUGAACUGGUGCAUGCUGGCAGGUGGAAGGUGCAACUCAGGAUCGGGAGAACUAAAGGUUUCCUUUAAGACCAUCCUGUCAAUCUUGCAGCCUCUGAGCUGUACCCCAGUUAUGUAUAGUGGCCUACCAGAUGCAUUGUGAACAGUGUUCCCCAUAAUGGGGGAUUCCCAGAUGUUGUUGACUACAAUUCCCAUCAUCCCCAAAGAGCAUUGCAGGUUGGGAGGGUGGGAGUUGCAGUCAACAACAUCUGGGAAUCCCUGUUACAGGGAACACUGGUUGUGAACCCAGUUUUUGCAUCCCGUCUACAAAACUGGGAGUUUUAACUCCCCAGCGCGUUACUGGUGCAUGUCAUGUCUGAUUGAAGGAAAAACAACUGCCUUCUAGCCUGUAUAGAGGCAGAGAUGAGCCUGACAAAUCAAACGACUUUAUUGUGGUCAAUGACCAGCUUAAUACAGAAUAUCAUAUUGAAAACAAAUAUGUUACCCUGACAAAGGGAUUCUGAAUGUCAAAGUAAGAUUGAUGCCAGAAGGGCCGGAGGGACAACUUCCAGAAAUAAACCGGAGGGGGGGGGGCGUCCCGUGCUUUUUUACAGUUGUAAGCCCUCCCUCCCACUGAGGAGCCAAAAUAGAAAAACCUUCACAAGUUAACACUUAUGGAGCUUUUCUUGGCAUAGAGACAGGCCUGAAGCCAGCAGGGUGCCAGUCACAGCCAAAAAAAACUGGUUCCGGCAGCCCAUUUCCAUCCAAAGAUGCACCCAGCCGCUCCAACCCGUGCGUGGAUUGCAAAAGGGACACGCGUUUGCCGCACAGCAGAAAGCAGCUUACGCACGAUUUCUUCCGUUCGAGCAGGCUGUUGAAAUUUUGGCUUUCCCUGCUUGGUGUACACAACUUCUUGGCCUCCUGUUCCUCCCGUGUGGCUGAUUUGCCCCCAACUCCCAGGAAGACAGCAACCUCCUUGGUGGUAUUUCAUCCUUCCUUUCAGUUCUGAGGUUCCAUGUGUCUUUCGGCCGUAAAUGCUGGAUUCCUUAUCCACACGUCUUCUCCAGUUUUCUAGGCACGAGCCCACAUUCCCCACUCUCCCAAUUCCUGGAUGAAUCGCACUCUUAUUCUUUACAUCUUUUUAAACAUUUGCCAAAGUAUCCUCUUCCCUCCCGGGUCACCUCCCGCCCCAAACCAGCACAGGUGGAUUCCCCGACACUGCAAGACGGCAGCGUGUUUGGAUGGUUGCAGGGGGCCAUGGGACAGAUGGGGUGGGGCUGAUUGGUCCAUGGUCUGUUCGUAGUUGAUGCUAAAAGCAGGACUCCUUUGGGGAGCCUUUUGUCUUAUUUUUCUUGGGAAAUUAAUAAAACAUAUAAAAGCGGA